UGCAUUUUCAUCUUCCUCUAUUAUGGAGUCUUCCGGUCAGAACAAGCAACGUGCGCACUUGAGAGUCGUCUACGACCAGGCAGUGUCCACUCUUAUCAAGACCCUGAAUUCCCAGCCAAAGGAGGCAUAUUCCCAGGACGAGCUCACUCGUAUGGGGGUAUCGCUGGCUGAGUUUAACCCUGAAGAUCCAAAGUUUCUCGACUCUAAGGCCAGUCUUUUUAAGCCUCUGUCCGUAGAGGAGCUGGCAAAGUACACCCUUGAUGAAUCUGAACUAGCCGGGCCAGAUACUGAGACCUGUUACUUUGAUUUUGAUGGACUUUAUGAUCAUCCAACAAUUUCCAAGGACCCCCCUUAUUCCUACAUAUUAGCAGAAAGAGCAGAUCAUAUCUUCCAAUAUUUAAAUAUUCUCUACAUUUUCAUAAAGGCAAAGAAGGACGGUGAUCUCAUUUGGUUUAAUGAGGAGUUUGGAUGGUUAGAUAUCAGAGAUGGAAAUUCUUUUCUUAAUGGUCCACAAGGGCUCCUGCUUGGCCUGCGCAAGAAGGUUCCACCAUGGGAUACAUUAUGUAAACGCGAGUGGCAGGAUGAUGCUGAAGACCCGACAACCCUUCGUCCACAUAUCAUGCUCAUCGUCUGCACUGGAGCAGAAACAAGUAAUGAUGAAUUGCUCUAUGGUGAGCUGGGGCCCAUUGCCCAGACAAUCCAAAACCGUCUUAAUCAGACGGAGUUUGAGAACACCUCACUCUUCCCGGUGCUGGUCCUUUCACUGUUCGGGCCUCGCCACGGCCGUAUCCUACAGGCCAAGUACAACAAGUCUGGUGUCUUGAAAGUCCACGCCUCGCCUAUCUACAGCUUUCGGUUUAAGGCUACAUCCCCGUUUGACCUCUUCCUUCGCUACCAGGCCUGUGAAGCGUGCCAUGGCCCCGAAUAUGAGUUUGAUAGUGAUGAAGAGGAUGUACCUAUUCAGGCCUCCGCGUAUGCCUCCCCAAGUCUCGGAGCUGAUAAGGAAAAUGCCCCCCCAAAGGAAGACGAUGCUCCAUCUCCCGAGCAGCUUUAGCUUGUAUUGUCUGUGUUGACAAAAUGUCUCUUAAGGCCCGAUCCACGAAGAAGCCUCUCAUUCCGUUUACGACCAAGACAGAGAGAAUAACCAUAUAUUCUAGUGUUAUCAUUGUCUGCAGACCACCGUUGACGGGUGGCCCUUCCACAAGCCUGCAAGUUGGAUACGUACACAGCAAUACACUCCACCAGCACUGGACACAACUUCUGUCUCCUCCUACGCGAAGUAAGGUUAACAUGCUUUUGAAGUUUGCUUUGGGUUCGCCUCCUUCAGCUGUCGAUCUGCUCAUCCAUGUUAUUACAAGUCAAUUAAUAGCGUAG